GGCGGUUUAACUCCGACUACCUCUAGGUCUCUUGCACCUCUAUAUCAACGCGCCAACCGACGAAACCCUUAGCUGUAUUCCAGCCCAGCACACAAACCCGUCGUACCUCUGUGCGACAAACUCUGCCGAGUAUCCUCACUCAGCGGUCAAUUUUGGAAUCUGGGCAUUGCUGUCAACAAAAUACCUCUGACAGCUUCUCACACUUGUCCUCUUUGUCUCUCGAAGCCUCCGAGACACGCUUACCCUUAUCGCUGGACCGGUUGCAUCUUGCCUUGGUUCUUGCCCCUCCAGGUACCAUUCCUCUAUCGCCCCGCCAACGAGCACACCAGCAUCACAGCAUCACUCUACCGACGCCUGUGAUCUUCUCGAAAUAGCACAGGUCCUCAUACACACGGAUACCUGCCGCCCAGCAUCAGCACCUAAGCGCAAGUAUCUGUGCUGCUCUGAAAUUGCCAAUCCCUUUUGAUCUGCCUAGGCGGAUAAUCUCGACUGUCAAGCAAAGUUCUGACCAGUUUUCCCGAACUUUUCGAGUCCUCAGGCGAUACCAUGAUGGAUUCUCCUUCAGCCCCGGUCCCAGCCCACAAGUUGGUUGAUCGCCUCAAAGAUCAGACGCCCAGACAUCCUUCUCCUCAACCAACUCAUGUCAGCUAUCCCAAGGUGAACGGCAAUGGGCACAGGGUGCUCCGCUCCGCAACUGUUGGAUAUGUUGCCCCUGUCUUCCAGGGAAAGGCAGAGCAGAUGAAGCAAGUCAAGGAUAUCAUUGUCCAGGGCGGCUGGAUUCCUGAGACUCUGGUUGACGGUCAGAUUGCUUGGUUCUAUAAUGAGCUUGGCAUCGAUGACGUCUACUUCCAACUAGAAAACCCUCAGGCGGUUGCAAAUCAUAUCACAUCUCUCUAUGCGGCCAAAGUUGCUGCUUUCUCUCGCGAGGACAAGCGGGAAGAGAUCAGACUGGAUAUGGAAGCCUCGGACCACGCCAUUUACAUCGACACAAGCGAACCCGGCAUGACCUCCUUCGACGGUCCGCGAUAUGAGCACAGACUCGAGUCCAAGUACUUGGAUGGCGACGAUACUUCGAAGCGCUUCCGUGUCGAGACUUUCAGAUCCCCCGGUGUCCUGGGACAGAAGGAGAACUCCAAGGCAGCUCUUCGUUGCUACUUUGUCUAUCAGUGUCUCUUCGUUGAUUCUAACGCCGAUCCCAAGGAAACUCGCCUGGAAGUGAUCAGCGACCGCAUGUUCCUUGCCAAGGCUACCAAGAACACCAAGCAGAUCUACCAGGACAUCAUCCAGGUUGCCGUGAGCCGACAUGGCCCCGUCAUUGAGGUUUUCGACAUCGAGGGCUCGGAGGAAAUGAGACUGGUAGUUGCCUUCCGCUCUCGAACAGCAAAGGGUAUCUUCAGCGCCCUCAGCGACCUUUACCACUACUACGGCGUCACAAGCUCUCGCAAGUACGUUGAGCAGUUCUCCAAUGGUAUUACCGUCAUGAGUAUCUAUCUGCGCCCUGCUGCGAACAUCGACGGCAAGCACCCUCCUCUUGAGCAAUCUAUUCACCAGAUUACCAAGGAAAUUUCCUUGCUGUACUGCCUUCCCCAGAACAAGUUUCACAACAUGUUUGCCUGUGGUGAACUCAGUCUGCAGGAGACUAUCUAUGCCCACUGCGUCUGGGUGUUUGUUCAGCAUUUCUUGAACCGUCUUGGAACAGAGUACACUUCGCUCAUUGCAGCCCUGGACCCCAAGAACAACUCGCAUGUUGAGAUUCUCUCCAAGAUGAAGAAGCGUCUGCGUACCGAGACCUUUACGCCUGACUACAUUCUUGAAAUCAUCAGCUCCCACCCACAACUUGUGCGCGCUCUCUACGCCUCGUUCGCCAGCGUUCACCUUCGGGUCGGCAGCGAUUAUGAUCGCCACCUCAUUGCGCCUACGCCUGUCAUGGAGGUCCUCUCUGAUGCCAAGCUUAAGGAGAAGAUCACCAAGGACGUCUCUAACGAGCACGAGGAAAUGGUUAUGACUGCCUUCCGUGUAUUCAACAAUGCAGUCCUCAAGACCAACUUCUUCACUCCCACCAAAGUCGCUCUGAGCUUCCGGCUUAAUCCCUCGUUCCUUCCGGAAGUCGAGUAUCCCAAGCCGCUGUACGGAAUGUUCCUCGUCAUCACUUCCGAGUCGCGAGGUUUCCACCUCCGCUUCAAGGAUAUUGCACGGGGUGGUAUUCGUAUUGUCAAGUCUCGAAGUAAGGAGGCUUACCAGAUCAAUGCCCGCAAUCUCUUUGAUGAGAACUACGGUCUUGCCAGCACCCAGCAGCGCAAGAACAAGGAUAUUCCGGAGGGCGGAUCGAAGGGUGUCAUUCUCCUUGACCCCAAGCAGCAAGACAGGCACCGCGAGGCCUUUGAGAAGUACAUCGAUAGUAUCCUUGACCUUCUUCUGAAGGCUGAGACGCCUGGCAUCAAGAACCCCAUUGUCGACCUCUACGGCAAGGAGGAGAUUUUGUUCAUGGGACCGGAUGAGAACACUGCUGACCUUGUCGACUGGGCCACUGAGCAUGCCCGGGCUCGCGGCGCUCCUUGGUGGAAAUCCUUCUUCACUGGCAAAUCACCACGUCUUGGUGGCAUCCCUCACGACUCCUAUGGCAUGACAACCUUGUCGGUCCGUGAGUAUGUCAAGGGUAUUUACCGCAAGCUUGAGCUUGAUCCCUCCAAGAUCAGAAAGAUGCAGACUGGUGGUCCCGAUGGUGAUCUGGGAAGCAACGAGAUUCUGCUCAGCAACGAGACUUACACUGCUAUCGUUGACGGAUCCGGUGUCCUCUGCGACCCCAACGGCAUUGACAAGGAUGAGUUGCGCCGUCUUGCCAAGGCUCGUGCUAUGAUCUCGAACUUUGAUAUCGCCAAGCUUUCCAAGGAUGGUUAUCGUGUGCUUUGUGACGAUACCAACGUCACACUCCCCAACGGAGAGGUUGUGCACAACGGCACUGCAUUCCGUAACACGUACCAUCUUCGCGACAACGGCAUCACUGACAUGUUCGUGCCUUGCGGUGGCCGUCCCGAGUCGAUCGACCUCUCCUCAGUCAACAAGCUUAUCAAGGAUGGAAAGUCAACCAUCCCAUAUAUUGUUGAGGGUGCCAAUCUUUUCAUCACUCAAGAUGCCAAGCUCAGGCUGGAGGAAGCCGGCUGCAUCGUUUACAAGGAUGCCAGCGCCAACAAGGGCGGUGUAACCAGCUCAUCGCUCGAGGUCCUUGCCUCCCUCAGCUUUGACGACAAGGGCUUCGUUACCCACAUGUGCCACGAUUCCCGCGGCAAUGCGCCCGAGUUCUACCAGGCCUAUGUCAAGGAAGUGCAAAACAAGAUCCAGGACAAUGCCCGCCUCGAGUUCGAGGCCAUCUGGCGGGAACAUGAGCAGACUGGCCUUCCUCGAUCUGUUCUCUCUGACAAGUUGUCAUUGGCCAUCACCUCUCUUGACGAGGAUCUCCAGCGUUCAGAGCUCUGGGACAACGAGAAGAUUCGCAGGUCCGUCCUUGCCGAUGCGUUGCCCAACCUUCUCAUCAACAAGAUCGGCCUCGAUACCAUCAUCGAGCGUGUUCCCGAUUCGUAUCUGAGGGCCAUCUUUGGCAGCUACCUCGCCAGUCGCUUCGUCUAUGAGUUUGGUAGCUCGCCCAGCCAGUUUGCUUUCUAUGAUUUCAUGUCAAAGAGAAUGGGAAACAUCAACAAGGAGUAAAUCCCUGAUUGCUCGCAAACACAACAUCAAUCGUGAUUGUUCGUUUCGGUUACCUAGAAUGGGUAUUGGCGCCAAAAAAAACAAAUAAAGAAAAAAGAGG